UUUUGCUAGGCGGAACCAAUAUACUCCCCUAUUUUCUACACGAACCCCUUUAUUGUAACGGAACCUAAGAGUCGACAUGGAAGUAAAAAAUGCAAACGCGGCCAUGCUCAGUAACUAUGAGGUAUUCAAACUUCUCACCGACCUGAAAGAACAGAGGAAAGAUGCUGGAAAAAGCAAACAUAGCCUCGGGCAACAGGACCUCAACACCAUCAUGUAUGAAACUCUAAAGUAUUUGUCAAAGACGCCAUGCAGCAGACAGAGUCCUGAAAUUGUCAGAGAGUUCCUCACCACCAUGAUGCCUCAGAAGCUGACCAAGGCAGAAAAACUGCAGCUGUUAAACCAACGGCCUCAGAGUGCAGUGGAAAUUCAGCUUAUGGUUGAAGAAAGUGAGGAGCGGCUGACAGAGGAGCAGAUUGAGGAGCUCAUCCAGACAGUUGCAGGCGUCCUGCCAGGCGACCCGGAGCAAGAAAACGCUGCAGCGGCAGAUGCAGAGAUGAAUGGAGGCGCCGAACAGUCUUGACACAGCGAAAGGCCAAGGCCAACUCAUUUGAGGGGAACAGACAAUGAGGCUAAAAUGAUUCCAGAAAAGGAUCGGUGGUCUUCACCUGCAGAAGUUUGCAUUACAGGGAGAAAUGCUGACACGUGGAAUACGCAGAACAUUUCAAAAGUUUUCAUUAGUAAUUGUUUUUUUCAGCAACUUUCACCAGUAACCUUUGCAACAGUGCAGAGAAAAUGGAUCACAUGUAAAAUACAAAGUGGAAAUUAUUGUACAUUAUUCUCAUAAAAAAAAUCUGAUAAAUCUUGA